GUGGCUUAACACCAUCAAACGAUUUGGAUCCAUCGAUUUUGCAGCCUGAGCCCGGUCACGUUGGCCGGGCCCUCGAACGUCGUGCCGCCGCGUUCAACUUGAAGCCGCGCUUCCGAGUCUCGGGCCCAGGCUUAGGCUGGCACUCCAUCUAGAAUAACGGCCGCCUUGGCGCAUCAUGGUCCAGCACCGCCGGCGUGAAAGGCCACCGUCACGCUAUGUCCGAGUAACGGCGGUGCGGUCACUGGCAUGUUCAAGUUCGCAGACUUUAGAGAUCAUUUUGGAGCAUGUUGUGUGACGACGUUCUUGCCUUGGCUAGAAAUGCCGGGCAACCACUUCUAGAAACGCCGGGCAACAUACAUACUACUAGUGCCAGACUGGCAACCGUUUCUAGAUAUAUAUCUGUGUGUAUAUCUGUGUGUAAAGCGCGGUAGAUCGACGGGUUUUGGACGGGAUGAGCGUCGUGGGGCUUGAAGGGGACGGGAUAUCGGAUGUCCUACUAAGCUGGCUCCACACAAAAGACGAACUAGGUUAUGGGCCUUCUUUGAGAAUGCCAGACACAAUAGUCUAUAAAUUCGGUCAGCCUGUCCACUGGUACUUUACGAGUGUAAGUGGUAAGCUUAAAAAAAAGAAUAAACAGAAUCUAGCCAAUGUACGCAUUGAAGAAGUUUUUAAUAAAAGGAACAGUGAAGUUGUUGCGUACUACAUGAGUGAGAUGGCUGUGCAAGGUCGCCGGGAGAAAGUUACAGCAAUUGAAUACUUUGAUCGCAGAGGUUUGCACGAGUUUCUCUACAACAGAUGGAAAGAGAAUAAUGGUAUCCUCCAGCAUUUUGUUGAGCCAAAGGGUGUCCACAACGCAAUCAUUAGAGCGAUAUGGUCACCAAAGGUUUGCCUCUUGGAAAGACGGGUUAAUUCUAAGCAGCUCUACGACCAAAGAUAUGGUUUGUAUGAGCGUGCGGUGACAUAUGAGGGACCAGAACACUUUAGUAUAGCCUCGCCACUGCGUGGGACUGCUUUGCCAAGUCAAAUCCAGCGACUUUGUGAGAACCUUGUCGCACACGUCACUGAAGUUUCCUUUCAAAAGUGCCGUGUUGCACGUAUGGUUGCUAACUUCAAGGUGGACUCAAGAGGGCGAAUAUGGUUUCUUUGGAGUGAUUCUAUUAGACUCGAGAGGAGUUGUGGAAAGUCUCAGGAUCUGCCACGAAUAUGUACACCGAUUGAUAUCAACCGAACUAUUCAACUACCCGCCGAUGUUACGCUCAUAGACAAGCCAAAUCAUUCUCAAGGUGAAUUUAAACCCCUCAACUGCUUGCAAUGUAUAAGUUGUGGGAAAUCAGCAACUUCAGACAAGUUUCAUCAGGUGCGAUAUCAAACUAUAAUUUCCCAUUUUGAAAGAGCUCUUGCUGCAAUUGUGGAUAAAAGUCAAACAUCGAAGUACUAUCCCGAACCCUUGAUCAUGGAAGCGUCUGGGGGCGUGGGGUUUGGCAAGGCAAAAGACUGCGCAGGGAUUCCACUCAGGGGUGCAGGGAUUGUAAUUCCUCCUAUAAUAAAACAGAUUCAUCCAAAAUUAUCACCUGAAAUUUACAAACGAUACCGGCGAGACCCACUUUUUAUGUACAAAAGUGCAGCUGUGUGCGAAAAUUGUUACCUUGUCUACGCAGAAUUUGUAACUGCAGCGAGCUCACGAAAAUACAGUGAGCUCGACUAUACUACAAAAGCAAAUGCGAAGACAAAGACAAACACAGACGAGGCCCUUCAGAAAAACUUAGCCGCCAACAAUGGUAAUAAAACCCUCAACAGACAAACAGCUAAGCCUCUGAUGCCAUCGAUACCGGCUCCAAUAUACAGUGUUCCAGGAGCAAAUACGGGCUCGCCAUAUUUUGAUAGUAAAAACUAUAGUGAUGGACUAUCGGUCGGUGCAAUUAUUCACCAACGAGGUGGGUUUAGCAAUUGUUCACAUAAGCAAAAAUAAAAAUUCAUGUGCACAGAAAAAUCUUUUUUCAACGAUGUUAGUAGCGCGCACUUGCAGAAAGGACAUCCUCUUGCCCAUCUUGCCACCUCAUUCCGUUCGAUCCAGCAACACCCCCCAGGAGGUUUUGAUAAAAGUUCAAAUGCACAUACCCUAAACCCAUAUAGUAAUCAGCCAAACCUGAAUAAAGUUUUUGCAACAAAGAGUGUCAGAGAUGAGAAAGGCAAUCAAAGAAUGCAGAGGGACUUUUUUUUGAAUUCUUCAUCAAAACAACAUCGUGAAUUCCUCCUAUCAACGUGCGUAUUAGGGUCAAUUAGCACGUGCGUAUCAUACUUGUGAUAGGCUGCGCGAAGUAGAGACGCACGCUAACACUCCCAAUGUACUGAGGACAUGGGCACAUCAAGCUGCAGGAGGUAAUGGGAACAAUACACAGCGCAAGCUGCCCCUUGACCCGCUUCUACCUGCUUCAAGGUAAGAUCUAAAGCCAAACAUGUAAAGGCAAGUAGAAGCAAGUGCCAAGCGAUCAAAGGAGAGUAAGUCCUAAUGCUUUCAGGCUGGAGUACUAGGCAGUAGUUUCCCUCUCUCUCUCAUCCAGCGCUGAGCUCCAACGACAGUGCCACUUUGCCAUCAUAAUUGCAAAGGGCAUCAUGCGUUAUUUGAGCAGCGGCCCCUAGCUGGCUUAUCGGACUUGGGGGUCGGGCACUGCUACAUUUUUGGCCCGGGGCUCUAGCCCGGGGCCCAUGUCCGAGGCGGGUUAGCGUCGUAUUGUGGGCAUGUAGGGACUCGAACUUAUCAUCUGGACUUUUGAUCGGGCAGAUAGGCUGCGCGAAGCCCGGGACCAGCGCCCAAGCAGCCUGAUUCGACCCGGGGCUCGUGCGAACCUUGUAAGAGCCGGAUGAGGUCAGGGGCUCGCACGGGGACGUCGGUUCGCCCUGGGGCGGUAACUAACCUGGUGACUAUGGCCGCCAUUUCGCUAUUCUCUUCAAGAAAAAGGCACGGCCCUGGGGGGCUAGAUUGACACUGGCUGCCCCGAGGGUUGGCGUCGGCCGCACGGUCGGCACAUAUACUACCGCAAGGCCGGAUGAAAACGAGCUUGUGACGAAUUAAGAGCCCUCGCUCGCGCUUUAAUCGUCCUCCGGUCCUCUGUACAGACCGCUGCCUUCCCAGGGAGGCCCUACCGACCUCCGUCGGGAGGCUUUAUUUUAUGCCAAUGCGCAAAGAAGCUGGCACUUUUGGGUCGAUUAAGACUUACCCAGAGUCUGGUUUCCCCCUCUGACUCAGAGUCGGACGAAGGUAAUGAGAGAUAAGUCGUGACUGUGACAUGCAAUGUGUUCAAGUUGCAAGUGUAAGAUGGAAGAUACCAUGCGAUGAUGCGAAUUGGGUGUACUAUAGCACUAGUAUGGCGUGGGAUGACUACCGGCUUGUUAGUGUUCAACUACACACUGGCAUAUUGCCCGGGCCCUGCUUACUAUAUUCCAAAUGAUACAAGGAGGUCACGGUCUAGGGACUUGGGAAGAAGCCUUAGAAGGGCGUCCGAAUCCCGUAAAUGAUUUUGCGCAUUUUCGGUAAUUUCGGGGGGGCUUUUUGGUUACGAGGCAGGUCGGAUGACCAGUUGAAGUGACAAAACCACUCCUUCUUCGCCCGGACAGGAUCUGUAAACAUCAAGGGCUAAAAGGCGUCCGGUUGCCCCCCCCCCCCUCGUGUUUGCUCCUUUUUGUAUCUGUUCUAACACUGGCACGUCAUGGUCUGCGACUUUGAUUAAAACACAAUGGGACAAAGAAAAUACAAAGCAAUGGCGCAAUGGAGAGUGAGACUCAACUUGCAGACCAUGGCGUCGUCCUUGAUAGACGCAAUUUGGAAGCACCAUCAGAUGCAUCUUGAUGUUGACCCACAUGAACGAGUCCCUUGAUGACAUCCUGGGAGACCACGCGAAUUAGUGAUUCUCGUUCGGACAGUGAACUCGCCACCACAACGCUCAAUAUAAAGUAUAGUAAGAAAUCGAUUCUGGGUGCAAUAUGCAAGAUACCAACCCUACAUGGACACUUCCCUUGUCCAUUUCGGGCAACACAAGCUUUGCUGGGU